CCAAGUGCUAACACGAUGGACAGAUAGCCCUUAUACAGUCUUACCACUUAUCAAGGAAUGCAUGGCUCAUGAUGUACGGGUUCUAGUAUACAGUGGAGAUGUCGAUGGACGGGUUCCUGUUACUUCAUCGAGAUAUUCUGUCAAACAACUACAAGUUUCUGUGAAAACUCAAUGGCAACCAUGGUUUAUCAAUAUUGAUCAGGUUGGUGGAUACAGCGUUGUUUUUGAUGGUAACUUAACAUUGGCCACUGUCAGAGGAGCAGGACAUGAGGUUCCAAGCUACCAAGCACUUCGAGCACUUGUUCUCAUCAAGUUUUUUCUUGAGGGAAAGCCGCUUCCUUCUUGAAAUUAAUUUAACUUAAAUAUAUCUAUUUUUUAGAUAUAUAUCGACAAGGAUGUAGUUUCUUGGUUUUUAGAAUCUAUUUCAACCACAUAUUCGGCUAUAUGUUUAGCUAUUUAUUAGUUAUUAUUGAAAACAUAUUCAGCUAUAUGUUUAGCUAUUUAUUUGUUAUUAUUGAAAACAUACAAUUAUCUA